UUGUCGGUGGUCUUCCCCAUCUUUGUUUCUUUGCUACAAGAACAAUCAGCGAAGGUGAAGAAGUAACAUUCACAUAUUUUCAAGGAGAAUAUGACCAGUUUCCUUGGCGGUUAAAGGAAGGAAAAACAGAUGAAAUAAGACCUGUGAAAGGGAAUACAGAAGAAGAAAGACCAGUGAAGGGACAUACCGAAGAAGAAAGACAAGUGGAAGGAAAUACAGGGGAAGAAAGACCAGUGGAAGGAAAUAAAAAAGAAGGAAGACAAGUGGAAGGAAAAAUAGAAGAAGAGAGACCAGUGGAAAGAAACACAGAAGAAGAGAGUCCAGUGGAAGGAAACAUAGAAGAAGAGAGACCAGUGGAGGGAAACACAGAAGAAGAGAGUCCAGUGGAAGGAAAUAUAGAAGAAGAGAGACCAGUGGAAAGAAACACAGAAGAAGAGAGUCCAGUGGAAGGAAACAUAGAAGAAGAGAGACCAGUGGAGGGAAACACAGAAGAAGAGAGUCCAGUGGAAGGAAAUAUAGAAGAAGAGAGACCAGUGAAUAUGGAUAUCACAAAUGACAGAAGCAGAGAAACUGAGCACGUAGCAGAGAGUGACCCUGAAGAUCUAGAGGAAGGUGUAACCCUUGAGGCUAUUGAUUGCCUAGUUAAGUAUGAGAUACAAAAAUCAGAAAACAACAUACACAAGGAGUUAACAGAAUUCAGAAAACAGUAUAGUAAUAAUGCAAUUGGGGAACUAAGAGCCCACCUCGAUGAAGUAAAGAAGGAGGUUAACAGGAAUGCACAGGGUUGUGAUACUGGAUUUAAUGAUUUAACAGCAACUGUCAACUCGAUGGAAACAACCAUUUCACAAAUCGAAACAGAAAGCAAGGGCAGCAAAAGAAAGAUACAGGAAUUGGAAAAAAAAGUGACAGAUAUAGAUCGUAAAUUUAACGAUAUUACUGCUGGGAUACCAAAAAUAAUUGAAGACAUUAUCACCAGCGGUACAUUAGCUUUCAUGCCAACCAACUCAUUCGAUAUUGAUGAGUCAGUGGACGAACCGAUGACUAUCAUGUCCACCCCUGUUUCGAUGUCAACAAACCUGAUCACUGAACAUGCUGAAGAUACAUCACAAAAGAGAGCAGUUGAUGAGGGAGUGAAAAAAACAAAAAAAAAGUUAUUGUUAAGAUGGUCCUGGAAAAAGAGCAAUCCAGCGGGCCUAGAGUUUCUAGAAAGUAGAAUCGAUCUACCUGACUUUUCAAGGGCCCAAGAUUUUAAACUUAAGGUUUAUAAGGAAGGGAUUCAGAGAGGUCUAUGGAUUGAGGCAACCCAUACCUUUGUGAGAGUUUGCACUAAAAUAGACAAUCUUCACAAGCAAACCCUAAAGUGAAUUACAGAUCGUCUACUUAUAAAUUCCUUUCUUUUAUUAUUUGGUUGAUAACAAUAACGUUCUAUUUGAAUUGUAAUAUUUGUAUUGUUCUGCCUUGCUUACGAGUUUAUUGUCAAUUUUGAAAAAUUGUUAUUGUGCAGUUAGAGAGUGGUGACUUUUCAAAUAUUAUGAUUAAAUAUUAAGGAAUUCUCACUGUUUCUGUGUUUUAAUGUUGUUUAAUCUACAAUAAAACUGUUGAUCAGGAGAUAACAAUAAAACAUUAUUCAUUUUAAAGUGUGCAUGAUUCAAUUUU